GCAUCCACCACCCCUGCGCGACGUUUUGAGCCACGACCCCGAAAUACACAUCCAAUUCUACGAAAGAGGAUUUGAUGCCCCUUGAUUUCAAUCUGUGUCGAGGUUUGCACGACCGGUGAGCGGUUGAUGGGUCUGAAGGUGGCACAGCCGCGGCAAUGGUUCUACCUCAAAACAACGGUGAUGCCCUAAGAUGAAGCGACAGCUUUGUACCGACAACUUUGUUUCUCCACGCGACAAUGGCUCCUCGAUACGUCUUCGCGGCCGUCCUGCUCAGCGUCUCGGUUGCUAGUGGUUAUUCGACGUCCCAACCGCCAUUCUGGACUUAUACAUCACGUUUUGCAGAGUCGACAAGCAUUCGUCAAUAUACAUACACUGAUGGAGAUACCGAAACUUAUACAAACACGUAUACCCUCGAACUGAAGACUGGUGUCACUCCCACGGCCACUCCCACGUCGACCACGAGGGACACUUAUUACUACGAUGACAUGCUAGUCAUUGAGGAGUAUUAUCCUACCGACGCCGUUGCAGCCUCGGACUUUGUGGACUCUUCCUAUUACAACUAUGAAACAUAUUCAACAGCAUCGACUACCGUUACUUCAACCUAUGUCACAUUCUACAUGCCCGUCACCAUAGUCGCUCCAGCAAGCUGUCCCACACCGUUUACCGUCACGACAACAGAAACUGUUUCGGUUCCAACGGAAGUCCGUGAUCAGGUUACUCCGACAUCGACUGAGACCAGCAGUCGCACCACGGUGGUGGGCGGCACUGAAUACCAUUUUGAAACUUGGUACCUGAGUGAGGGCGCGGCGCCCUUCACGACGUCGGCGGACUAUUACUAUGAAUACUACAUUGAAGAGUGUUCCACUCCACCGGGUGCUGCGUCCACUAGUAGUGUCUAUGAUGGUGGAAGCAGCAACAGCGAUGGUUCCUCCUCCUCUUCAUCAUCAUAUCGUGGAUGCAAUUACUACUGGUGCGAGGGAAGUCCGUUUCAACGAUUGAAUACGUGGAUCAUCAUCAUCGCCACUAUUAUCCCUGGGCUCUUCCUCCUCGGACUGGUCGAAGGUUGGUUCUGGUUCCGUCGUCUGAUGAUGGGUAAGAGUGCUAUGCGGUUUGGCACAGUCUGCUGGAUCGUGUUGUCGUUAUGGGUACUAUGCUUCACGCGCAUGCAAGACGCAAGAAGUCCAGAGGACCAGGUGCUUCUACGGGAAAACUGGAAAGCGAUGAGUACAGGCGCGGCACUGAAAGCGUGGCUCAGGUGGCAGUUCAGACGCGCUUACCCAGUGCCACUUCUCGGACAGUACUCCCCGUUGACUGUGGGUAUUGUGCCCGCCGGCGAACCGUUGCAUCCAGCAAUGGCUCAGGUACCACCUCCAGGAUUCUACCAGCCACCACCGGGCGCGAUGCCGCCACCAGGUCAACCAGGCAUGUUGUACCACUACGACCCAAACCAGGGCUACGUUCCACAGGCAGCCGGAUACUUUGGUGGCGACAUGUCCAAAGGAGGAAUGGUAGCCACGUCAACGCCCGUUCCACCACACCCACAGUUCACGGUCACGCCUCCCCCACAAGCUCCACAACAGGCACAUACUUCCCCAAGUGUCGCGCAGGAUAGAGCUGGCCCCCCUCAGGCUGCGCACGCAUCGUCUCCGUCUUCACCACCUCUUCCGCCGCGACCGCAGCAAGAUGUCCCCGUGCCUGCGCCCGCACCAUCCUCCACGGCAAAUGAAACACCAGCACAACCCUUGAAUUCCUCCGUACCACUACCGAAGAACGAUCCAAACGACCGGAGUUUGUACGAGUGAUGUGCAGUUCUAGUUCGCUUAUGUCGGGCGAUGCACGAUGGCGGACUUUUCUUUCUUUCUUUCACGAUAGGACAUUAGUCCACUUUUUAUUUAGCAUGUAGAUACCCCAGCAUGGCGGUGCGCUUCUUUUUCACGCCAAAUUAAUAGUAGAGAC